AUGGCUAAUCUGCAUAAAAGAAUAUCCGCGUACGUUUCUGACAGGCAAAAGAAAGAGGAGGUGCAGGAGAGACUGGACGAACAAAGGAAGUGUUCAGUGCAACCUGGAGACAAGGUGUUUGUGAAGUUAGUGAGCAGGAAAGGAGAUUUGGAGACGUUGAUUUUCAAUAUGUCCCAGGAACAGCAGAGCCUGUUCCUGAGGAAUGUGAAGCGCCAGAGGUUACAAAGGGAAGUGAUUCUGAUGCAGGAGAAUGCAGAGACACAGUUAAAGGAGAAAUGGUUUAUUCCAUUAGAAAGGGGGAGGAGUGUAACGGCUAAAAGCGACAAAGACGUUUUAGAACAGGAACUGAGGAGGUUCAAGCUCAGUCGUUCAGAUGUUCCGUAUAUCAGGAUCCUGAUUAUUGGACCAGUUGGAGCAGGAAAAUCCAGCUUCAUCAACUCAGUCAACAAUGUUUUUCAAGGACGAAUCACCAGCGGUGCUCUUGUUGCUACAACAUCUGGAACUAGUUUUACAAAAGAAUAUGAAACUCAUUAUAUUGAACGUUAUGAUGGUUCUGCUUUACCCUUCAUCUUUAAUGACAUCAUGGGACUUGAGGAUGAAAAAGGAAAAGGAGCACACGAACAGGACCUGGUAUCAGCCCUAAAAGGCUUGGUCGAGGAGGGAUACAAAUUUAAUCCUGCAUGUCCCCAGACACCGGGUGAAAACAGAAUCAGCUUUAACAUUGAAGAUCAAGUUUUCUGUCUGGUCAACAUUCUGGCAGCAGACACAGUUUCACAAACUGACCAAAAACUGAUUGAUAAGAUGACGUACAUCCGUGACGAGGCUUCAAAACUGAAAAUUCCUCAAGUGAUCAUCAUGACCAAACCAGAUCAGGCCUGUCCACUGGUUAAAAAUGAUUUAAAAAAGAUCUACAAAAGCAGGAAGAUCAAGGACAAGAUGCAGGAGUGCAGUAAUCUGCUGGGUAUUCCAAUGAAUCACAUCUUUCCUGUGAAGAACUACCACGAGGAGAUUGACCCAGUUAAUGACAUGGAUGUUCUGAUCCUCAAAGCACUCGAUCAGAUCGUGAACAUCGCCAACGAUGCACAGAAGAAAAAACCCAAUAAACCACAUGAGUAA